AUGUUUCAAGCAGAUGGACUCAUAACAAUACCUGUAGAAUUUGCUUAUUCGUUCGCAAAAGUGGAUGUGCUUGAUAAAUUCCCAAAAUUCUCUACAACUUCUUCAGAUUCCAUUAAAAAUCUACAGACAUACAUGAAAAAUGCGGUCAAGUUAGCAAUCACUGAGGAGGCAAAGAGGGCAGGUGUCGAGAAUCUUGUGUCGGAUAUAGCGAAUCAAAUCACUCCGACCGUUCACUAUAGCCCUAUGAACUGUUCGAAAGCCGAUAGCAAAGCUAUUGCUCCAAGUUCACAUCCUUUCCUCUUUAUUCCAAAGAAAGAGUGCCGUUACGUAGAAUGCCUCAGAUGCUGUUUAGGUGGACCUGGUUACGCUUGUGUUGUGAUAAACGACGUUAUUACAAAUGUGUCAUACGAUGCACAAAAUGCAGUGGAAAUCCCGGAACAAUUUCAGCAAUUCAUAGUGUCACUUACAGUACGUCUUUUCUAUUGUACGUAA